AUGGAACCCAUUCGGGAAGAGUUGGACCAGGAGGAUGCUUGCAGCCUCAGCCCUCCUGAGUCGGUCAAUUCCGAUGUGGCCGCCCUCGCUUCAGGUGAGGCUGCAGCAGGAAACACUGCUGCCACCGCAGAUCUUGAUUCUGAAGAAGAUGAAGUUUCACUACCACCUUCGAUAAACUCAGAUGGUGAGCCUGAGGAAAAAGGCUGGCAAUGCUGCAAGAGGAAUUGCAGCUCUCUCUUCGCCGAGGAGACUUUAGAAGCAGAGUCACUGCAGCAGAACCUAGGCACAGCAUCUGAAAUCCAGCAACGAAAGUUUGACCUUCUCCGUGCAGUCUACAACAAGAAUGAUGAAGAUCACCAGAAGAAAGGCUUGCAGUUCUUCUUCCAAGCCGAACGUGUGUGCAGGAAAUUUUGGGAGCAUCAACGGGGAGUGUCGCCCAAGACUGUGGACCAUUGGCUGAAACUUUGCAGAGCCGGCCAAAUCACCUUGCCAAAACCUGGUCCCAAAUUAGGCAAAGCAACUCCACAAUUGGAACGGGCCAACUUGUGGUUCUUGGAGGUGUACCAAUUAUUAGCGGAUCCUCUAGCUCUCCCCGGAAGUGAAGACCAGUAUUUCUUUGGUCGCCAAGAGCCGCUACAUUCAGAACAGCAACCUCCAGCAAUUGUGCGCGAGAUUGUCAGCGACACCUCGCACCCUUUGUAUGGUUUGUCGCUGAACAUCACGCCAACCAAAGGUCAUUCAAGUGCAGCCCAAGUCUUGGCGCCCAGGCGGCAUGUCAACUUCUCAACUUUGUUGGAUUUCUUCAGAUUUUACUGUUCAGAUGUUGCGCCCUCGGAACAAGUCUCCAGGACCACUUGGGAACGUGGGUACAACACAUUUUGGGCAAGGCAUUUGAUUUUGAAAAGUCCCACUACAGGCAAUAAGUGCAGUGUUUGCCUGGGCCUUGAUGAGAAAAGAACAAAUUCAACAUCAGAAGCAGAAAGGUUUGCUGUUGACCAGGAGAAAAUGCUACACUUAGAGACUGUGAAGGCAGACCGUUCCGUGAACACUCGAGGCAACCUGAAAUGCUCAGACCUCAAAAACUUCCAGCCAAACUUCCAACACACCGGUUGUGUAAAGAUCAUGAUCGACGGCAUGGACCAACAGAAAUUUUCUAUGCCCCGUGCAAGGCGUUUGCAAGGCACAUCUGAGUAUGGAAAAGCAUGGAAAACCAAUGUGCAUGUGACUGGAGUGGUGAUAUGGGGUGUGGAAGAGCAAUACUAUUUGUUGCCCAUGGACCUGCCCAAAAGCUCAUCUAUGGAAUGCACAAUUUUGGCUAAAGCGCUUGAUGAGACCAAGAAGCGAUUGAAAGAAAUAGAUCCAAGCUACGAUUUGCCUUGCCACCUCAUCGUGGCCGUUGACAACACCCCCAGAGAGGCCAAGAACCAGUACUUUGCACAGUUUUGUGCAUAUCUCAGCUGCAAGCACUUCGCCUCGGUGCAAGUUGAGUUUCUGCAAGUAUCGCACACUCAUAAUGAGCUGGAUCAGCGGUUUUCAAGCAUGGCCAGUUUGAUAAAGCGCUGUGAUGAGUUGCAAAGCAUCGACCAAUUGCAAAGCUACUUGCAGGCCCAUAUGCGUCCUGCUCAGGGCAGAAGCUUGUCAGUGCAUGUGCUUGACAACCAUUGGAGCUUCAGCCAGUGGUUUGCUGGGCAGACAAGUUGCCAGCUCUCAGGUCUGACCGCGACCAAGCUCCAACCGCACGCGAACCACCUCUGGCGGUUUUCUCGACGAGAAAUUUUGGAGCAAGAGCUGAUUCAGAACAACCAUGAUGAGUGGGCCCUUUGGCCAGAAAAUCCAUUGGAUAUUUGCAUGCAGGUGAAGCAAUACAUUUCAUCCCCAGAAAUGUCUCAGGCCCCAGAGGUCAUCAUGCCAUACCAGGUCUACCAGAAACUGUCCAAGAACAAUUUGGCGCCUUCAAGCUUGAACAAGUUUGCGCCCACCACCCUACAGGAGUUCCGCAAGACUGCCGAGUUGGUGGGCAAACCACCAUGGAAUUUGCUAGAAGGCCAAAGCUACUUGUUGGACUUGUGUGAACGCAAUGAAGCUGGUGUGGUGCCAAAGCCACCUGACUUGUUCUGGGUCUUUUCUUUUGAAAGCCAAAGUCCCAGAUUGGAUCCAGUGAUUGGCCCUGCACUUUUGCUCGAAGAUUUGCCGCCACCAGAGAAUGCUCCACCUCGCCCAAUCCGAGUGGGCGCCAAGAAGAUGGCCAUGAAGCGACCAGCAGCUGGACCCGCACUUCCAGCACGCCCCAUCCAAAUGAAAAGGCCCGCUUCAAGUACUGACCUCCCAGCAGGUGGCCUGGCAAAUGUGAUAGACUUAGAGGUAUCAGAUAGACCGUCAUCGGCUGCAGCUGCGCCCUCCGCUGUGGCAAAAUCAGAAGCAGCAGCAUCAGCCGAGGCAAAAUCACAGCCAUCGCCCAAGGCUGGUGGUGUGAAAAAGAUGCGUCGCCCAGCUGCAGCUGUGGAAAAACCACCUGGCUCAGCUGAUGCAAUCCGGGCCUUGCCAGGCUUCGAAUGCUUUGGGUGCAGCAAAUGCAGGAAGAAACAGACUCCAAAGAUUGGUUGCCAACUCUGCCGCGGCAAAGCCGAGGCGGGGCAAGAUGGUUUUCACUGUUCACCUGAAGGGUGGAUCUACAGAUUGGAACCACAAAAUGUGGAUUGA